AUGUCCCAGCAUGUUCUGAUGUGCGAAGCUUGUUCUGCUCAGCUAGGCUGUUCCAUUGCUAGGAAAUCGGAUGCACCUGAACAGCCCGGCAAGAUUCUUAAGGUUGGUGAUGCACCUGCUUCCGAAGUCGAAUCACCUCGGAUACUAUCAGAGACCUUUCAAAACUUGAUGGAACGACUUGCGCAUCAGCAUCUUGCAGAGCUGUCCGUUGCUCGCGGCCUCAGCAGAGGGCCUUCAACUGAUGCAGCCAGUGCACGAGGGUCAGUCACAUCACCAUCACCCUGUGCGGAGUCACUGCAAAGUCCGGGCUCAGCCGUUGAGGAGACGGGCGAUGCCCGCCGGCGCCGCAGAAUCUCCCAGCUGAUGAGCCAGCAGCACAGGAAGGCUCCAAAGAUGUCAGCCUCGAGGAUCAUGAAGACUUUUGAUGAGUCUCAGCUUCCUCAGCUUCCUGUGGAGACAGUUGAUGAGGGGGAGCUCGUGCAACAUCAGCCGUCGACACGUUUGGGACUAUUUCGAGAGUGGCUGCAAUCAUCACAUUAUGAGAUGUGUGUAGCAGCCCUUCUUUCGGUGUAUGUUCUUUGGCUGGGCUUCGAGCUGCAAGUCUAUGGCGCACGCACUGCUGUUGAGAUAGGCCUUUUUCCAGGCGCACUCAUUCCUGAAGCAAACUUCUCUCAUUGGGAUGUGGUGAUUUUUCCUGCAGCGGACAUGUGCUUUACAGCCCUAUUCUCUAUUGAUGUGAUUGUGCGAGUGAUCGUCCUCCGCAAAACAUUUUGGAAGGUCGCCAUGAAUUACAUUGACAUCCUUGUGACUCUCGCCUCUUUCAUCGAAGUGAUCUUUUUUUAUGUCUACACAACGCCAAUGGCCGUGAAUCCAAUGCUCUUCCGCUUGCUGCGGAUUGGCAAGCUGGCCAGAGCUAUCCGGAUGGUGGCCAUGAAUAGCGUGCUUCAGUCGCUUCAAAUCUUGACUCGGUGUUUGGUCUCUAGUACCACCAUGCUUUUCUGGACCUUCCUUCUGCUCACGUUCUUCCAAUGCGUUGCGGGCCUUGUAGCUGCCACUCUUGUUCGAGACGCACUCGAGGAUGAGAACCUCGAUUUGAGUGUCCGAAUAGAUGUAUUCAGGUACUAUGGAACCUUCACCCGCACCUUCCUAUCGAUGUUUGAAAUACUCUUUGCUAAUUGGAGCCCACCAUGCCGCGUGCUGGUGGACAACAUCAGCGAAUGGUUUUCCGUGUUCUUCUUAAUAUACAGGUGCCUCAUUGGGUUUGCUGUGCUGAAUGUGGUGAAUGCCGUUUUUGUGCAGCAGACAAUGAAAAUCGCUACCAGCGAUGAAGAAUUGGCGUUCAAGCAGAAAGAGAGAGAAUUGGCAUCCUAUACCCGCAAGGUGAAAAACCUCUUUGCGACCAUGGACCAGAGUGGCGAUUGUGUCAUCAACUUUGAGGAAUUUUCAAAGCUGGUUCAAUCACCAAUGCUCCAGUUCCUUUUGAGCCAGUUGGAUUUGGAAUACCAUGAUUUGCUCAGCCUCUUUGAGUUUCUAGACAACGGUGAUGGCGAGAUCACCCUCACGGAGUUUUUGGAUGGCGCUGCAAAACUCAGAGGGGGAGCAAAGGCUUUGGACAUUUGGCGCAUGGAAACCAAGAUUGAGGUGUUGUUCGUCGAAGUGCUAUCAGCACUGAGAGGGAACGUUGAUGUGCAAGAGGCCUUUGAAGAACAGGGUUUCCGGCAUGUGACCUUCUCCACAGGCAACAAGCGCUUGACAACGGUGCAGCAGAGCAGCUCCAAAGAGCUUGCGCUCGACUGA